AAGCGAUUGUUUACUCUUGUUCUCUCUAUUUAACUUCUAAUAUCCAUACAAUUAGUUGCUAUUGACCAUGACAGUUGCACGGGAGAAGAAAAAGCCCUUCUUUGGGUUGACGGGGGGAUGGCUUACGUUUUGGGUCACGGUUGCGUGCGCGACUGACAUGACCCUAUUCGGCUACGAUCAAGGUGUUUUCAGCGGCGUCGUUAUAACGCAGGACUUCCUCGAGCUCCACGAUCUUGUCGGGCCUACGAAAACCAAGACGCUGUCUACCGUUACCGCCAUCUACGAUGUGGGCUGCUUCCUAGGCGCGAUCCUGGCUUUCACGGUUGGUGAGCGCUUGGGUCGGAGGAAGGCUCUGUUGGUGGGAUCGACUAUUAUGGCUGUUGGCGCGAUUCUGCAGACGACGUCGUUUAGUCUGGCGCAGAUGUUUGUCGGUCGUAUCGUAUCUGGUAUAGGAAAUGGAGUAAACACCGCAACGGCUCCUAUAUGGCAAACAGAAACGUCUCAGUUAAAAUGGCGCGGCAAACUGGUCAUGCUCGAGAUGAUGAUGAACAUCGCCGGGUAUGCUUUCGUUAAUUGGAUUAACUACGGUCUCUCCUUUGCUGGCGGUGCAGUCGCCUGGCGAUUCCCAUUAGCGCUGCAGCUGAUGUUCAUUGCAAUCCUAUGGAGCACGACGCCGUGGCUCCCUGAAUCUCCUCGAUGGCUCCUCGCGCACGGAAGAGAAGAAGAAGCAAUAGAAGUCCUCAGCUGUCUAGAGGCAAAAGAGCCAACCGACCCGUUCGUCAUAACGCAAAGGAACGAAAUCGAAUUCGCAAUCCAGUACGAGCGCGAGAAUGCAGUGCCAUGGCGCGACUUGCUGAAAAGCCGCCCGAAUGACACGAACAGUCUUCGUCGACUCCUCCUAGGCGCAGGCAGCCAGUUCAUGCAGCAGUUCGGGGGCAUCAAUAUCAUGUCUUACUACCUGCCAACUGUGUUAACAAAGUCGGUGGGGUUAGGCGAGGAGACGGCAAGACUAUUGACAGCGUGCAAUGCCAUUUCUUAUUUCGUAUUCUCAGGAAUGGCAGCCCUGCUUGUUGAACGGAUGGGCCGACGGGGAUUGAUGCUUCUGUCGACCUUUGGCCAGUUUAUCUGUUUCCUGGUUAUUACUAUUCUAUUGCGGUAUGCGGAUGUCUCUAGUAACGGGCAGGCAUUUGGAUCUGCGUCCGUGGCUUUUAUAUUCCUCUUCCAUGCGAGCUUUGGGAUUGGCAUGCUCGGUGUUCCGUGGCUUUAUCCGACUGAGAUUAAUUCCCUGCCGAUGAGGACGAAGGGUGCGGCCGUGGCGACUGCUACUGACUGGAUCACGAACUUUGUUAUCGUGGAGAUCACUCCAAUCGGCAUACAGAAUAUUGGAUGGAAGUUUUGGAUUGUUUGGACCGUAACAAAUCUGGCUUUCUUGCCCGUGUUGUACUUUGUCUAUCCAGAGACAGCAAAUCGAAGCCUUGAAGAUAUCGAUGCUUAUUAUCGUGAUGAUCCGUCGCUUAUUGUCAUCGGUGACCCGGACGCCAUCUGCAAGAGACGGCCACAGAAGUAUAUCGAUCGUGAAGAUGCGGAGAUGGAGCGGACUGCGGCUGGCAAGGGUAUUACCGGAGCGUCUGAGCAUGUUGAGGUUACUGGAUUUGCUUAACGGUAAUUGAGGAUCAAUUGAUCAGACAGCGCCUGAUUGCAAUAUACCGAUGAAGCUAUGAAUGUCGUGAAUAAAUAGAUGGGACUCUACAGGA